AUGCGUGCUCCGUCUCCGCUCCUGCGGAGCUUGCGAUCCAAACAACCCGCCCUUCCCUCCCGCUGUCUACCAGUGCGACAACGCUCAACGAGAACUCCUUUCCUCGCAUUCUCGAGAUAUGUUGCCAGCUAUACCCAUCCUCACCAUGCAUCCGCCAUAUCGGCUCUUCCCACAGCUGUGGACACCUCGUCCUCGGAUUUCAAGGAGAACGCCCAGCAAAUGCAGGAGCUCCUCGACCGGAUGGCUAGUCUACAUAGCACAAUUUCCCAAGGAGGGCCGCAGAAAGCCAAGGACAAGCACAUCGCAAGAGGGAAAAUGCUCCCUCGCGACAGAGUUACCGCCCUCAUUGAUCCAGGCACCUCGUUCCUAGAGCUCUCUCCACUCGCCGGCCAUGAUGUCUACUCUGACGACGUCCCAGCAGGUGGCAUCAUAACAGGCAUUGGAACAGUUGAAGGCGUCACCUGUAUGAUCGUUGCUAAUGACAGCACGGUCAAGGGAGGCACAUACUACCCCAUCACCGUUAAAAAGCACCUACGCGCACAAGCAAUUGCUCAAGAAAACAAGCUUCCCUGCCUCUACCUCGUGGACUCUGGUGGUGCAAACCUUCCCCACCAAGCAGAUGUCUUUCCAGACAAGGAGCAUUUUGGUCGCAUUUUCUUCAACCAAGCCCGCAUGAGUUCCCUGGGCAUUCCACAAAUAUCCGUCGUCAUGGGCCCCUGCACCGCUGGUGGGGCCUACGUCCCCGCUAUGAGCGAUGAGACGAUCAUUGUCGAGAACCAAGGCACCAUCUUUUUGGCCGGACCUCCUCUUGUCAAAGCUGCUACAGGCGAGGAAGUCUCCGCAGAGGACCUUGGUGGGGGUCAGCUUCAUAGCACAAUCUCAGGUGUAACAGACUAUCUUGCUGUGGACGAUGCGCAUGCCAUUGUUCUCGCCCGGAGAUCCAUCUCCAACCUCAACUAUCCAAAAACGACCGUUCCUCUUAAGAACAUCCCCGGUGACGCCAUCAGAGAGCCGUUGUAUGAUCCAACGGAGCUGAAUGGCAUCGUGGGCACCAACCUCCGGCGCCAGAUUCCCGUCCACGAGGUCAUCGCCCGUAUCGUCGAUGGCAGUGAGUUUGCCGAAUUCAAGCGGGACUAUGGCACGACACUUGUCACUGGCUUUGCUCGUAUCUUCGGGCAUCAAGUCGGUAUUGUCGCCAACAAUGGUAUCCUGUUCUCCGAGUCCUCCCUGAAAGGAGCACACUUCAUCGAGCUCUGCGCGCAACGUAAAAUUCCUCUAGUCUUCCUCCAGAAUAUUUCUGGCUUCAUGGUUGGCGCAGAUGCUGAAAAGGGCGGUAUUGCAAAGAAUGGCGCGAAGCUCGUUACGGCCGUGGCCUGCGCAGACGUCCCUAAGUUCACAGUCGUAUUUGGUUCCAGCGCUGGCGCGGGCAACUAUGGAAUGUGCGGUCGCGCUUACUCUCCGCGUCUUUUGUUCAUGUGGCCCAACGCCAAGAUCGGUGUCAUGGGCUCGGAGCAACUUUCUGCUGUCAUGGAAGCUGUCGGGCGGACAGCGGACCCCGAUCUUAAGGCUCGGAUUGAUCGCGAAUCGGAGGCGGUCUUUUCCUCGGCACGGCUGUGGGACGAUGGUGUUAUUCCUCCCGCGCAGACGAGACGGUUCCUUGGUCUGGGACUGGCGGCUGCUGUAGGUGGAAGGGUAGAUGCUGAUAUGCAGACUCGAUUUGGGGUGUUCCGGAUGUGA